CAAGCAGUUCUGUUUUUGCAAGGUUCAGCUGCAGGUGAUGGUCCUCCAUCCAAAGUGAAAUGUCACUCAGGCAUGCUGAGAUGCACGCAGAAACAGUCGGAUCAUCAGGCUGAAAUGACAAGGGGAGUUGUGUAUCAUCCGCAUAGCAGUGAUAGGAAAAGCCAUGUUUCCGAAUGACAGAGCCAAGGGAUGUCAUGUAUACAGAAAAGAGCAAUGGCCAAAGCACUGAGCCCUGAGCACCCCUGUAUCGAGAUGUUGGGACUCAGAGACCUCACCUCUCCAAGAUACUCUAAAUGACCUACCUGAGAGGUAGGACCUGAACCAUUGUAGCACCAUUCCGGAGACACCCAUAGCCUUGAUGGUCGACAGGAGGAUGUGGUGGUUAACAGUUUUUAACGUUAAAUGUUGAAUGUUGAUCAUCUGGUCUGAUAUUUUAAAAUUUCUCUUUUAUAUUAUUGUUUAUAUAUGCUGUUAUGACCUGGAGAAAGUUUAUGCAUUAUGCUAUAGUGUGUUGUUUGUGUUUUGCAUUCUCUUGUUCGUGUGUGCAGACACUUCACUAGUCCAGAUGGGUGUGGUCUCUACUAACCACUUGGAGAUGGUCAUUGGUCCUACGCUUUGUGCCCUUUGUAUAUAAGGACCGUCCCAAACACUCAUUCGAGGCCUUGGGUUCCUUGUGUACCUUGUGUGCCAUUGAGCUCUUGUGCCUUUUGCUGAUGGUUCUGUUUGGUUCAUUCUAUUUGUUGUGAUUUCAUGAUUCUUGUGACUAUUGUUGGGAUAUACUUAUUCUUCCUAUGCUUAUUCACUGCUACCUAAAAGGAAACACUUGUAGCCGAGAGAGUUAAAAUCUGAUUAUUUGUUCAGAGUUGCUCCAUCUGGCGGUGCUUCACACCAGCAAGCUUUCCGUCUAUGCUGUGUCAGGCACUGCUGGCAAUGUUGAACAUGGUGACCAGUAUCAGCUACGUUUGAUUUAUGAACACCAUCUACAGAGAACAGCCUGCAACAUGACAUACGGCCCCUUUGGGGGCAUUACGGGUCAUCACUUUAUCUGUAUUCAGUCGAUGGAUGGAAUGCUGAUGUUUUUUGAGCAGGAUAGUUAUGCCUUUGGGUGCUGCCUGCCAGGUUUUCUGUUGCCUGGACCUCUGAGCUACUGCAGCCGAACAGAUUCCUUCAUCAUUGUGUCUUCUACACGACAGGUGGAGUGCUACAGGUAUGAAACACUAGCUGUCACGGCAGAUGCGGACAUUAGAAAAGAUUGUGAUAAGCAGAGCAAGACACCAGGGAAGAGGCUGACGGCUGACUGGACGCUGGUGCUAGGAGAAGAGGUUCUAGAUAUCUGUGUUCCCAAUACAUCUCCAACGUUGUCCUCUAUCUUUGUGCUUGGAGAGCGGAAUCUGUUUUGUCUCAAGGAUAAUGGUCAGAUCCGCUUCAUGAAGAAACUGGAGUUCAAUCCCAGCUGUUUCCUUCCCUAUGGAUCAGUUUCUGAUGAUUCUACUAACAUCCUGAUGGGUAACCAUAACAAUAUGCUGCUGGUGUACCAGGAUGUGACACUCAAGUGGGCUGCCCAGCUAUCCUUUGUUCCUGUGGUCAUACGUGUUGCUAACUUCGAGAAACUAAAGGGCUUGGUGGUCACUCUGAACUCUGAUGGACAUCUCCAGUGCUCAUACAUGGGCACUGACCCCUCCUUCUUUACUGCACCCAAAGUGGAUUCCAGAGACAUCAACUAUAAUGAGGUCGACAAGGAGAUGAAGGUGCUACAAAAGGUUAUCCGUAAGGUCACCAACACCCAAGAUACUCUCCCAAGAGCAGAGAAAGGGGAAAACAUUUCUCUCAUAGCCAAAGUCUCUCCUAACCUGGAUGAAGUCUCGUGUGCUGUCAUACCUGAGAUGAAUGGCAUGUCCGUCCCCUCUAUUACAGUGAAGGUGAAAGUGAGAAGUAGUGCAGUGGUGCAGAGUCCAAAGAUGACUGUUUGUGUCCAGCCUCCUCUAGCAGUCACGCAGGAUCAGUUUGUGUUUGAUUCUAUGGGCAGUGGCUGUGAAUUAGUGGUGCAGUUUGCAGUAUUUCUGAAUGGUCACUAUCCUCCGGCUGAUUUGUGUGUAGAUGUCGCUGUGUCCUACAGCUCAGCUACAGGAGUACCAAGUGUGUCUCAGUGUAAGUUCACCUUGCCUCUUCGGCUAGUGUGCUCCCCGUCCUCACCAUGCAAAAGCGCCAAGUACAAGAUCACUGUGGACACCAACAAACCUCCCAUCAACCUUAAUGAAGUUUUCCCAGAUUUCUCAGAGAAGUCAGAGAAUAAAGACAACAAUGCUAUGGGCUUCCAGCUCAUCAAUGGCUCCAAGGUCACUGUCCUCACCUCCAAAACAUCCCAGCGCUACAGGAUCCAGAGCGAGAGCUUUGAGGAUAUCUGGCUGAUUGCCAAGGAGCUGGUGCAACGUUUCAACCAGCACUUUUCCUCACUUGGAGUCAAAGACUUUCGAAACAGCUUUACUGGACCGGUUCCACUAUCAGAGUACUUUGAGACUGUGGACCACCACUUUGAGCUCCGUAGGAAUGCACAGAAGUAUCAGGAUCUGCUGUCAGAAAGAGCGGUCCAGUUUAGGGCCAUCCAGCGGCAUCUGCUUACCCGAUUUAAAGAUAAAAACCCAGGCCCACUUCAAAAUCUCGACACACUAAUGGAAGGAACCUACCAUCAAGUUAUAGCAUUAGCAGAUGCAGCAGACGACAACAGGGAGUGUCUGAUUCAGGCUUUUGCACGCUUGCGGAGUGCCAGUCACCUGCUGAUUCUUCUGUUGUCUCUGUGGCGAGGGCUCAGCUCAGAGCAGGCCGCCAUAUUGGAGGCUACACUUCUACCGCUGCUGCAAGACACGCCACAACUGGUGAGUAAAGACAGACAUAGAUUUUGA